GGAAUAAAUUCUCACGCCACGAUCACCUAGAUCUGUGUCUUGAUUGUUGUCAUGAUGUAAAUUCUAGAACCUCUUUGUGUCAUAUUCCUUGUCGUCGUUGGCCUCGUUGUUCAACCAUUCAUUAAUGUUGUGCUAAGUCCUUGCUUGCUCUGGCUAUUGUAAAUCAGUGGUACACCAUAUUACUAGGCUAUGUGCUUUGGACUCCCAGCCACAUAGUUGGUCUACAACGUUUUUCUCGUGUUUCACAGGAACAACACUCUUAUCGCCAUUUCAAUUAUCGCGUUACCUGGGCAGGUUCUAUGCAGUAGCAUUAAGGUCGCGCCGUCGUGGUCGUGCCAUUAUCAAUCUACCCGCGCAUUUAUCGCUUCCUUCUCUGUUCCACACCGAACCAAUCUAUGUCUCCGCGCUCACCAACUCUGACGAGUGCACCCUGCGAUUACACGAGUCGACUAUAGAAAACCAUCGAUAUCCUGGAAGAAAUCCGCUCAGGUUGCUGCGCGUCGAUUAUGCUUCUACGUCCCUCGCUGUGUCAUCCUUCCGAGUCGAUCGACUAUUCUCCCUUGCUCUGCAUAGUCCCACUUCCUUGGCACUAGUACUAUCUCAUUGGCGUAAAUUUAAAUCUACUUAUCUCUGUAUCUUUAUCUUUAUCAUAGUCACAGCUUCUUUAGUCACCGGAGCGAUCAUGGCGAAAUUUAUGUAA